CUGAGAGCGGGUUGUCGGGCAGCUGUUAGAAAAGUGGGUGAGGGAGAGAAAGCGGAACUAGCUUAACUAGCGAGCUAGCUACACUUUUUGUGUUUAAGCUAGGUUAACGACUCCGGAGCGGACCCUGUCCCCGUUUUACGACAACUUGACACAACUUUCUACACAAUGCCGCAGAAUAUCGAGCUCGGUGCCGCAGGAGGAGCCUCCAAACAGGACAGCAGCAAGAUGGACGACAUGUCUGUGGAACAGAUUACCUUGAGAGCCAACCAAGUGACUGACGAGUCACUGGAAAGCACGCGGCGGAUGCUGCAGAUGGCCGAGGAGAGCAAACAAACAGGCGUAAACACCAUGGUGAUGUUGGACCAGCAAGGAGAGCAGCUGAAGAAUGCGGAGAACGGCAUGGACCAAAUCAACCAGGACAUGAAACUGGCUGAGAAGAACCUCACCGAUCUCUCCAAGUGCUGCGGGAUGUGUGUCUGCCCCUGUGACAGGGUGUCAACUAUUGAGCAUGAUACGAAAUAUAAGAAAACCUGGGGAAUCAGAGGAGCAGGAGGAGAUGGAGAAAAUUACGAGAGUGACACGGUGAUCUCAAGGCAGCCGCCGGGCGCUCGUAACGGUCAGGCCGGCCAGCUGAACGCCCCCGCUCCUUCAGGCCCGUACAUCAAGAGGAUAACCAACGAUGCCCGUGAGGACGAGAUGGAGGAGAAUCUCGAUGCGGUCGGCAGCAUCAUUGGCAACCUGAAGACUAUGGCUAUGGACAUGGGCUCUGAGAUAGACAAGCAGAACGUACAGAUCGACCGCAUCACCGACAAGGCGGACAUGAACAAGGUUCGCAUUGAUGAUGCAAACCAACGAGCCAACAAGCUCAUCAAAUAGACAAGGAACCACGCUUCUGCCAAUUUCAUCUAUCAACCUUGAGCCUGUAUCGCCCCACACACACACACACUCACACACAUGCACUCACACACACACACACGCACACAGCGGACUCACACACACACACACAUGCACACAUGCACACACAUUCUUGCACAUAUGCACAAACAUAAAAUAGAAAUCCACUCUGGGAGAAUGUUCAUGCCAGCCGUGUGCCUGCCUUUACUGCACUAAUAUGUCAAGAGAGUAUAAACAUUUAUACAGUCUAUAAAUUAUCCUUAAACAUUUUGUAUUCAUAGUCUCCGUGCUGGACUUGGGGAAGAAAUGCGGGCAUCACAAACUGCAGCUAACAGCCAGUGACUGAGUGCCUGUCACGUCUGUUUGAUACCAAAUAUGGACCCGACUUGUAUCUUAUCAAAUCCCAUUCACAGGAAGGGAAGGAGCUCAGGUCAAAUACUGUUCCUGCUUAUUCUUCUCCCCCUGUUUGCCUUCCUCUUGAGUCGAGAGCUAUGAACUGUCUCUGUGUAUGUGCCUCUCUGGAAUUCAUGGACGAGGGAGAUCCAAGAUCUUUAAUUGUCUUUAAUUGAUAUACAGCACAACAUUAAUUUAUGUAUCCCCCCCUUAUUGGUUUUACCCUGAUAGAGCUGCAGCCACUUUGAUCAAAAGUGAUCAAAGAUAAUUCUUGGUCUAAAACAAAUCAAUCAAAUUCCUAUUGGUUCCCUGUUAAUUGUAUCGUGUAUUGUUUUGAGAUGCUUAUUUAAUUAUUCUUCAUCCAGCAGAAAUGACUUGUUAAUAAAGUUGUCUUUUUUUUCUUUUGUUUUAAAAACUUUGUUCCCAUGUUAUUUUGUUUUUGCCAUUUCUUCCCCAAGUUGUUUCAAAAACAAGAAAUAAAAAGUUGUGCUUUGGAGUCGCAGCAGAAACACUGUGACGCUGGGACUCAAAGCACCCCCCCACCCCCCUGAACGAGGGCAAUUCAAUGUGGAUGUGUUUUUUUUUUAUUAAAUGUAUAGCAAUCGCUGUUCCUUCAAAUGUGAAGGAGGGUCAGUUAGCACCAGGAGGAAUGUUCUUCAUUUCCUCCUGUACAGCGUCUCUAGAUCAGUUUAUGACGUCCCCGACAAUGGGGGGGGGGGGGGGGAAACACCAGUGGUUUGAAAAACUGCUGUACGUCACAUUUCGUGUCACUUGAGGUUUUUCUUUCCCGCCGUGACCGCGGUGUCGAUGUAAAUACUGAAACGCAGUGUAGCUGUUCAUUAAUUGCCUAUAUAGCUUCGCCGUUAAUCUAAUGCCAUUCCUUCUUUGUUACCUCCCAGUUAAUAGAGAUAUAUAGCACCCAGGAGGAGAUUUAACAGCCCACACGAGCCUGGUAAUGUGUGUGUGUGAAAAUUAAUUUCCUCAAGUUUAAUAAUUGCCUGUAAAAGUAUGAAAACACAUGUUGAGUCUGGAAACACGCGGCCGUGCUCUGCCAUUCCUCAUAUCGGCUCACUGGCUCUUUGCUGUGGUGAUCUAAUGAAAAUGACCUAGACUUUUUUUUUUAAUUGAAGAAAAUGAGUCUGGGAGAAUACUGGGAUUUAAAAGUGUGCAGGCCCCCUGUCAGUGUGAUGGUGGAUGGUUGUGUUCUAACAGCCAUGGUAUCACAAACCAUUCCUCCUGCUCUGUGGAACAGCCAGUUCUCGGAGCCAGGCUCCAGUAAAGUGAUAAUAUUUGAUGAUGGAGGGCGUAAUUCUACUUGUCAGCGCUGCAGCCCGACUCAGAAAUUUUACUGCUGGCAGCGAGAUGCAAAAAUAUACAUGCAAAUGAAUGUUGUUUAGUGGGGGGGGGGGUAAAUGCAAAAGUCCUGGCUGGCGAUGCUCAGGCCUCGCUGUGGAAAAUUGGCUAAUGAUAAAGUAAUAUACCGAAUGCUUAUAAUAUCUCUCGUAUGCAUCACAAGGCCUUUUUAGUUUUUGGGAGAAAACUGCUCAUUUGUAUGCUGUGCUGCAGGCGUCCACCUUUUGAGUUUGUAAAGAUUGAAAUGAGCGGUUAUUCAGGGCUUUGUAUUUCUCUAAGUGAUCGUCCUCGGCCUGUUACUUGUCAGCUGAGAUCUAAUUAGUAUAGCUUAAGGCUGCCUCGCUGUCUUGAGGCUGUUCAUUCAUUGUUUUACAGCCACUGGAAUGUAAAUACAACCGUUUUUGUCUAUUUUGAAUAUGUUCCUGUGCAGCUCUUCUUAUCUGAAAUGACCUCGGUGAAGGGGCGGCUGUUCAACGGAGUCAAAAUGCCUUUUUCUUUCAUGCCUGCCCAUGUUAAAUCAUCUGUACACAAUAAAUCUGUUCUCGAAUGCA